AUGGCUAACACAUCUCUCAAUUCGUCGCAGAUCGCACAAGCUAUCUACCAGCAAGUCACCCCGACUCUCUUCCAACGAAAUGCUGUCUACUUGACCAGCAUCUUCGCCGGCGCCUUCGCCUUUGAGGUUGCCUUUGAUACCGCCUCCAACAAGAUCUGGGACACCAUGAACCGAGGCCGCCAAUGGAAAGAUAUCCGCCACCAGUACAUCCAAAAGGCCGAGGAGGACGAGGAUGAGGAAUAG